AGUGGCUCCUCCCUCCGGUUGCCCCAUGAGCCAAUCGGCCUCCGCCGCCAACCCCGCGGUGGCCCCUCCCUCCGGCUGCCCCAUGAGCCAAUCAUCGGCCACCGCCACCCCGGUGUCCCCGCCCUCCGGCUGCCCCAUGAGCCAAUCACCGGCCACCGCCACCCCGGUGUCCCCGCCCUCCGGCUGCCCCAUGAGCCAAUCGGCGGCCGCGGCCCCGCGUGGCCCCGCCCACCAGGAGGGUGCUUAUCGUUUCGUUGGGACGCAAGUUGAUGGGGACGCCGUCGACCCCAGCAACAUGAUGCCACCACCGAAUCAGCUUCCAGCACCGGAUCAGCCGUUCCCUCUACCCACCCAGAGGGAGGAAUCAUCAAUCCCUCGGGCCGGCUCCAACUCCAACUGGGUCUACCCCUCAGAGCAGAUGUUCUGGAAUGCCAUGCUACGGAAAGGGUGGCGCUGGAAGGAUGAUGACCUCGACCCAGGCGACAUGUCCAACAUCAUCCGCAUCCACAACAGCACAAAUGAGCAGGCGUGGCUCGAGAUUCUUAAGUGGGAGGCACUGCACAUCAAGGAGUGUCCGUGUGACAGACUAAGUGACUAA